AGCUUGAUAUUUAUUUCUUCAGGACCAGGAGCUUGUACCAGCCUAAAUUCUUAUUGCAGGUACACAGGAAAAGAUAUGAGGCCAUUGUACACUAGACUGGCAACCACUAUAAAAUUACCAUAUUGCCACUACCCUCUCCCUCGUCUUCUCUCUCUGGAAUCCCCAUUCUUUCUCUCCUUUCCUCCUCCAAAGCAAAACCCGUCUUUGAAAAAUUCGAACUACCAAGUGAGACAAACACGCAGAGCUAGACCCAUAAUAAGAAAAGCAUUAAUGGCUUCAGCGACUGAGGCAGAGGCACAGACUAAACCAUUCUCAGUCCUCUUUGUGUGCCUUGGCAAUAUCUGUAGAAGCCCAGCUGCUGAAGGUGUCUUCAGAGACUUGGUCAAGAAAAAGGGUCUUGAUUCCAAGCUCACCAUUGACUCUGCCGGUACCAUCAAUUACCAUGAGGGAAAUGAAGCAGACCCAAGAAUGAGGGCUGCCUCUAAAAAGCGUGGAGUCGAGAUAACCUCGAUAUCAAGGCCAAUAAAACCGUCGGAUUUCAGAGACUUCGAUCUGAUACUUGCAAUGGACAAGCAAAACAGAGAGGAUAUACUUGGGGCUUUUGAGAGGUGGAGUCAUAGAGAGACCUUACCUGCUGAUGCACAUAAGAAGGUUAGGUUAAUGUGCUCCUAUUGUAAGAGGCAUAAUGAAACCGAAGUCCCAGAUCCUUACUAUGGUGGAUCACAUGGCUUCGAAAAGGUUUUAGAUUUACUCGAAGAUGCUUGUGAGUCGCUAUUGGGAAGCAUUUUGGCAGAGAACAGUCACCUUUUGGAUUCUUAGCCCCUCUUGAAAGUGAUGAACCAGAUCCACUGUUCUGUUGUGCAUAGAAAAUUGUUUUCUGCUAAAAGAUCCCUUGUUCAUCAUGCCAAACCCACAUCUAACUAUAGUGAACCCAUUGUGGUCACUGUGGCGGCCUAUUGUUUUUCUGAUAUUAUUCAUUGAUUGGGAUGUCCUUUUGAGCAAAUAGAACUUUGAGAUACUUAAAUUCCCGAUGGAAAAAUAUAUGUAUGCACUUUUCAUUCAGUUGGGUCGUACAUUGUUAUAUUACCCUAUGUUUUGCAUCUUGGUUGGUAUAUGAGGA